GCGCGCCCGUCCGCACAGUCUCCCGACGCUUCCAGGGCAGUUAGCAUGUAGCCCGGAGACUCCAUUCAUUGACCUACCAGUCUGGUUUUAUUUGAAAUAACUUUCAUACAACGAUGGCACUCACACCGCUGGUUUACUGGGCCCAACGACACGAGGAAAUCUACCUGCGCGUGGAGCUGACCGACGCUCAGGACAUUGACGUCAAAGUACACGAGAAAGUCCUUCAGUUUAGUGCCCAGGGGCGUGGCGCAAAGGGACAGCAUGAAUACGAAUUCAGCUUGGAGUUUCUUUUACCAGUAACGCAGGAGGUAAGCCACAAGUCCACGCAGCGGCAGGUAAACAUCAUAGUGCGGAAAGAGCAUCGAGGCUGGUGGGAAAGACUGACUGCACAGGAGCGGAAACCAGUCUUCCUGGCUCCAGACUUUGAUCGCUGGCUGGAAGAGUCAGAUGCUGAGAUGGAGAUCCAGGAAAAGGAGGACAGGAGGAACAGGAUUCGGGCUGUAAGAUACAAAGACAAAGGAUUCGUCAAUGUGAAAACAGGAUUUCUGUUUGUUUAUAAUCUGGUGCAGUUUCUUGGAUUUUCAUGGAUCUUUGUCAACAUGACUGUUCGCCUCUUUAUUUUUGGCCAAGAUUCGCUCUAUGACACGUUUCACACAAUAUCGGACAUGAUGUUGUUCUGCCAGAUCCUGGCAGCAGUUGAGGUCCUCAAUGCUGCGUUUGGUUUGGUCCGGACAAGUGUUAUGCCGACUGUGAUACAGGUGAUCGGAAGGAAUUUUAUCCUCUUCAUCAUUUUUGGUAGUUUGGAGGAAAUGCACCACCGGCCCGUUGUGUUCUUUGUUUUCUACACGUGGAGCGCCAUUGAGAUUUUUAGGUAUCCAUUUUACAUGCUGGGCUGCUUCAACACAGAGUGGAAAACCCUCACCUGGCUGCGAUACACAGUCUGGAUACCGCUGUAUCCGUUAGGAACUUUAGCCGAAGCUGUUGCGGUGAUACAGUCCAUUCCCAUCUUUGAUGAAACUAAACUUUUAAGAAUUCCUCUGCCAAAAGCCAUCGGUACCUCCAUCAGCUUCUCUUAUGCCCUGCGCAUCUAUCUUGUGCUCAUGUUUUUGGGCCUUGUUAUCAACUGCCGUCAUCUUUACAGGCAGAGGAAGAGGCGUUUUCGCACCAAAAAGAGGAAAGCUUAUUAACAUUCACAUACCACAUUCCUCAAACACCUCUGAUGCCUGCUUAUCUCUGGACACCUUUUCAAGAUUAUCAUAUUCCAAAAUCCUACUCUGGUCAAAUAUAUUCCACUUUAAGUUUGCUGACAUUUGACCCUCUUUACACCCAUCAUCAAGACUCUACAGAUGAUGCAACACCUCAUCAGUACACAAACAGUCCCUAUUUUAAUAUCUAUUGGUUUCUCUUUCAUAUAAACCGCAUGUUGUAGAUAAUUGAAGACCGUCAGAAGUAAUAGAACUCGACAUCCUGUGUGAAACCUCUCUUUUCGCACCUCUGAUCUGCUGUGGUAUUUUUUGACCAAAUGCAAACAAGUACUGAUCAUAAGACCCAACACUUGUUAUCUGAUAGGCAUUUAUGUGUGAAUGAGGGAAAACCGGUGUUGUCAACAGUUAUUAUUGAAUCAUCCCUCAAAGCUCAGGGAAAAGCAUAUCAGUGACAAAACACACAAAGCAGUUUGUGUCCUUUACUGUAUGGGCUACAAUAAAUCUGCUGUUAAUCAUCAUCUGCAGUUUCUUUUUCUUUAAUUUCCAAAGGUUGACCUGUAAUUUUAAUGUUAACCUUAGCAGCCAUCUCCUGUAAAAGGUGAGUUAUGACACUGAAUGAAUUUAUGAAAAAACACAACGAAUCCUGAAUAAACCUAGAAAAUAUGUA